AUGUCCCAGAGUGCCCGGAGACUCAACAACUCCUCCACCGUAAGGCGACGCUUUCACCAUCGCGUUUCCCUACUCCGAAGGUGCAUCCUCCGCGUCCUCCACCGCUUCCUCCUCUGCUCCGGGAGGAAAACCAACAACAACUACAGCAUGCUGCCGCCAGCAUUACCCUCUCCGUCGCCGCCUUUGGGACCCUCCCCCGAGCUUGGUCGUGAAGAGAUGGAUGUCGCAACACCGGCUCUGUUUCAAACCCAUGAAUUGGAUUCUGAUUUGGUCUCCUUGAAGAUCAGCUUGUUGGGUGAUUGCCAAAUUGGAAAAACCAGCUUUUUGGUGAAAUAUGUUGGGGAUAAAAAGGAGAAGCAGGGGAACCAGGUGGAAGGUUUAAAUCAGAUGGACAAAACAUUGGUUGUUAAAGGGGCUCGUAUCUCGUACCGUAUCUGGGAAGUACAAGGUGAUGGAAAAAUAGAAGACCAAAUUCCAACGGCUUGUACGGAUUCUGUGGCAAUUUUGAUUAUGUUUGAUCUAACAAGCCGAUGCACAUUAAACAGCGUUGUUGGAUGGUACAGAGAAGCCAGGAAAUGGAACCAGACGGCAAUUCCAGUGUUGAUAGGAACCAAGUUCGAUGAUUUCAUUCAACUCCCUAUUGAUAUGCAAUGGACCAUUGCCAAUGAGGCAAGAAGAUAUGCAAAGGCCCUCAAUGCCACCUUGUUCUUUUCUAGUGCAACCUACAACAUCAACGUGAAUAAGAUCUUCAAGUUCAUCACUGCUAAACUCUUCGACCUACCGUGGACAGUGGAAAGAAAUUUGAACGUUGGAGAGCCCAUCAUUGACUUCUAA